AGAAGAAAGAUGGCCACAGCUAGCGAUAGCUUGUAGCUGGGGCUCGAAAAAUGCUGCGCUCUUAAUGUGUUUUUUUUGUCCUCCUUUGUCUUCAAGCGAGACACAGCCGUAACUAAAAACACUCUGCCGGCUGUGUAAGAAUAUAAUCACCAGAGUGUGUUAUUAGAGUGAUUUAUUUACUAGUUUUGGGCGGCCGUGUUUGUGUUUGUGUUUGUGUAGGGGGGAAGGGGUCUCCUCAGGUCAGCAGUCCGUCAGUUUAACGUCAGUGAGGAUCGUAGGAACCAGUCGUCAUGGCUGCUCCGGUAAACAUCCAAACUCCCACCAAAACCUGGGAGCUAAGUCUGUAUGAGCUACACAGGAGCCCUCAGCUGGCGAUCAUGGAUGGGACAGAGGUGGCGGUGUCUCCUCGCUCCCUGCACAGCGAGCUGAUGUGUCCCAUCUGUCUGGACAUGCUGAAGAACACCAUGACCACCAAAGAGUGUCUGCACCGCUUCUGCUCUGACUGCAUCGUCACUGCGCUGCGAUCAGGGAACAAAGAAUGUCCAACCUGCAGAAAGAAGCUGGUCUCCAGACGCUCGCUUCGCCGAGAUUCAAACUUUGACGCGCUGAUCUCGAAGAUAUACCCGAGCCGGGACGAGUACGAGGCCCACCAACGCCGUGUCCUGGAGCGACUCAACAGGCUGCACAACAAGGAGGCACUGAGCUCCAGCAUCGAGGAGGGGCUCCGACAGCAGGCCCGCUACAGGUCUGAGAGGAACCACCGGGUGAAAAAGCCGACUCAAGAGAGUGACAACACCACCUUCAGUGGUGGGGAAGAUAACGGUGAUGCCCGCUCCCACCUGUCUCAUGACUCUGCUCCCUCCCACACCAUUCACCCCUCUGGUCAGACCCCCUCAGAGGCUGGGCCAAGCCGCAAGCGUCCGCGGGCAUCAGACGACGGCUCGGGGCCUGAGGCAGACAGUGGCAGCCCCACGCCUCCGCUGAGACGCCACAAAGAGGGGCCGGCAUCAGAGAUUGAGCUGGUGUUAAGACCACACCCAGAGCUGGUCCAAGCCCAGGACUACAGCCAGACCAGAUAUGUGAAGACGACAGCCAACGCCACAGUGGACCAUCUGUCUAAAUACCUCGCUCUACGCAUUGCCCUGGAGGACAGACAGACCAACGGAGAGACAGAGGACAGAAGAAGAGAGGAGGGGGCAGGACAGGAAAUGGAGGCAGGAGGUGGAGAAGCUGGAGGACCAGCAGGAAGUGGAGAGGGAUGCAGUCUGAGCAGCAUCAGUGAGAAACAGUACACCAUCUACAUCAUGACAAGAGGAGGACAGUUCUCCACGCUGAACGGCUCUCUGACUCUGGAGUUGGUCAAUGAGAAAUACUGGAAGGUGAGGAAGCCUCUGGAGCUUUACUACGCUCUCACCAAGAGCCAACAACAACAACCACCUCCUCCUCAACCACCACAGAAGUCUCCUCCUGUACAGAGGGUGGGAUGAUUCCGAGCGGAGUGCUGCUCUGCUCCAACCACACGUUCUUCUGAAGGUGGAAUUUCAGUUGCUGCAAUCUCACAGCUUAUUAUCAGCAUAUCUUUGUUUUUUUUAACUUACUGGCAUUAAAAGAGUCUUACUGACCUGAUUUCUGAAGAGGGAUUUAUAAGCUACCUUGAUAAAUUACCCACCUUCAUUUAUCAGGGACAUUUGGAACUCACUGUGGCCGAUGGACCUGGAGAUUACAAGCCAGGCUUUUUCCUUUGUUUUCUUCUGAUAUGAAGCUUCUGCAACUCGUUAGCUUCUGUUUUUCCAUCAGUUUGAAUAUUUUAUUACUUAAAAAUACUUAAUAACUUCACACAAUUAAAGAGACAAAGCUGUUCAAUGUCAAGAGAGAAGAUAUCUGAAAUUAUUUAUUAUGGGUGCCAAAAUGAGAACUAAGUUUCCGCUGUAAUUCCAAAUUGGAUUGUUUUCCAAAUGCUUACUUGUCUAAUUUUUAGGGCUGCCCCUGACUAAGAAUUUUCCACGUUUAUGACCAGUGCAUGUCACACACUGAGCGAGCUACCUGUUAAUGACGCUGUCAGCAAAGCAGUAAUGAUUGUGCUAAGUGGCUAAUGGGCAUGUAGCUACUUCAAUGUUUCAGAUGACACGUCAUGUUUGUAGUCGACAAAUGAAGAUGAGUUUACAUAUCACCUGGGUUCAUCCUUCACCUUCUGAAAAUGAUCCCACACUUUGGAUUUCCUGCCCAACAUGUUAUUAACUAGCCUGUGGAAUAACCGCAGGUACCAGUCCUGGAAAUUAGGGACCACAUAGAGUUUCACGUUUCGUUUGUUUGUUUGCUUGUUUGUUUGCUUUUCUCCAAGCGACCAAUUAAAUUUUGCCGACUGAUGUUCUUUCUGUUCGACUAAGUUUGGUUGACUAUUAAGGGGCAGCCCGACUAAUUUUAUGUAUGUCUUUUUGCAAAAUUGAAUAUUAAAAUUGACAAACUAUAUUAAGGUAAUUAAUACCUGUGGUGGUCAGUUCUAGCCAGGAAAAGAAAGAAAGAUGUAAAGUUAGAUAUGAUAAGAAAUUCUCAUGGUCAGUCAAAAUUACGAGGUUUUAAUUUAGGUCUAAAUUAAUCACAAUUUCCAAAUAGUAUCUAAAUUUAUUGACAGUGUGCCAAAAUUAUGGUAUACUUAGAUGUAAUUUUGAAAGUAAAAAUAUGGGGAAUGGUGAGAUGGUAAAACCAAAAAUUGGUUUCUCAUAAUUUUGAUACAGUAAUCCAAAUUUUGACCAAACAAUUUUGACUUAGAAGAAGUGUUCACUUCAUUUAAUUCCUUCAUUCUUCUCUUUCCUGGCAGAAAUAGGCAUCCAUACAUAUUUUGUUUGUUUGUUUCUGAUUUCUUUCUGCUUUCAUGACUUUAGGUAUCUUCCUGUUCUCUAGUAAUAUCACAGUGAAAAUAAGAAUAGUAAAGCAAAAAAAAAAAGUUGUCUUAAGUUUCUAUAAGUAAUUCCAUCUAAAUUUAAUGUCUGAAUUAAUCUAUUUAUGAAAUAUUUGUAUAAUGUAAUUUUUAUGAACAUGACUGAAGUUCUUUGCUGCUUUGCUGGUCCCCUCUCAGCUGGACCUGUUGAUUGCUGCCUUACACAGUCGAAACUUAACUAAAACUUUAGUAUUGCUUUAUUAAGACACACAGCUGUAACGCACAUAAGCUUAAAGACACAAAUGUUCAGUCACUCCCAGUUCUGCCAGUGCAUCUAUUGAUUUUCUAAACUGUUUAUCCUGUUAAGGGCUGGAGCCUCUCCCAGCAUGCACUGGGGUAGCGCAAGGUGACUACACAUUUUAGGAGCAAUAUCUUAGUUGGUUGAAAGAGGAGAUGUCAGGUAGUUUGUUUUCAGAAGCCUCGUUAUGAAGAGGAUAUGAGCAGGUCCUUUGCUGGUUUUAUUCCUUUACUGUGUAACUUUAAAGUAUGGAAGCCCAUCUCUGCAAGUGUGAUUAAAAAAAAAAAGAUUUGUCUUAGUAUUUCAAAAUAAUGGGCAGCUUUUCUUGUAAUGAUGAUUUAGUAUCUCAGAAUGAGAAACUUAAUCAAAAUGAAUUGGUAUGACAAUGACUAAGUAUUGUUUUUCUUUUUUUCUUAAAUACUAAGUCAUAAUUUUGAGAUAAGUUAGUCAUUUUUGAGUUUCUUAUUAUGACGAAUGUAUGUUAUAGUAAUUUGGACGAAUUAAUUUAUUAUGACAUACUGAUUGUUUUUUGAUUUUUUUUUUUUUUUUUUUUUUUUUUACAAGUAACUCAUUAUUUUGAGUUUCUCAUUAUUUUAACUAACAAAUUCAUUAGUUUGGAAUACUUUAGUAAUUAAGGUUUUUUUUUUUUUAAAUCACACUGGCAGAAAUGGGCUUCCAUACAGGAGCUUCAAGGAUGUGUGCAGGUACCUUAAACUUUCCUGCUAUAUUUUACUAUGGUAUACACAUUUUUUCCAUUUAUCACCUUAAAAGAUGUAGCUUCAACACUCACCUUACCUUGUUGUUUCUCUCCUAUAAUACACCAAGUGUUUGAUUAGUAAGUUUGCAUGAAAAUGUUUCCUUAAAUUCAGCUCACAGGGUGUUACCGUCUGUUAAAGCCAUAACCCUCAGUUGCAUCCAACCUGGGUUCUUUACCAUUUAGACUUAUUUCAUUUCUGUCCUUAUGCACUUUAUUUCUUGCAGCCAUGUUUUUCCUAGCUUACCUCAGUUUUUAUGAAAUAUUUGUAUAUUAAGAAUGAUGCAAUAUUUCCUUUUCUUCUGUUGUAUAAUUAGUCUGUCCUUCUGUCAGCAAUGCAGCACAAUAAACUAAAAAACGAACA